AUGUUGAACAUUCCGUUGAUACUCGGAGCCAUUAUCCUCCUUGGUACGAGGAAGGCUGCCACAGCUGCCCUACCUCCCCGCCCUUGCGCUUUCGCUGUAACAGCGGCAAACGAUGACACCUGCCAGUCCUUAGGUGCUCAAUGGGGAAUUGGUAUGGCCCAGUUUUUGAAGUGGAAUCCAGGUGUCAACUGUAAUGCUCUAGUUGCCGGGAAGACCUACUGUCUGUCUGCAGGCGAUUCUGAGCCUGGUCCAACUGCGAGCCUGACCCCAUCUCCCCAAGUUCCAACAACUUCGAGGGCAACUCAGACUAUGAUUUCAAAGGCAUCGACAGGUACUCUUGUCUCUCGCUCUGGACCAAUUAAAUUUUUGAGUGGAAUGGCCUCAGAUUGCCUCUUCUAUCACCCGGUGAGUCCAGGUGAUACCUGCCAGAGCAUCGUUGAUCAGUAUAAGGCCUUCACCCUCGACCAGUUCUACACCUGGAACCCUUCCGUUGGUAAGAACUGCGAGUCUCUAUGGCUGGGAUACUAU